AACCUAAAAAAGGCGCAAUAAAUGAGGUAGUAGUUUCUUAUCCGGUAGGCCGUUAAUGUGAUUCCUAUCGUUGCGUUUAGUGGUGUUAGACAUUUUGAACAUUUGUGGGUGGAUCUUAAUGCUCUAACUGCAUACAAGGUUUUCUGUGCUCAAAUUGUUUUACCAAUCUCAGUAUUCAUGUGCUGAUGCCCUUAAUCCAAGCUACUUUAUCGUUUGUUGUGGAACUACGAGAUUUUCAUAAUAUUGAUCUGUACCAUCGUGGCUAUUACCAAGUUCGUACUCACUUAAAAACAGGUGUGCAAACCACAGGGACUACUGGAUCUAACAAUGGUAAAUCACUUGCCUUUGUUGAACCGCCAUCCCGUUGGGAACGAGCUAGUACACGACUCAAAGUGCCAGAAGCUGUAAAAGCCAGUUAUAUCGAGCCGAGUGUUUCUGUUCCAGCUUACACACCAGACAAAGCAUGUAGCAAAACAUUGUUGAUCAUGUAUCGAGAUGAAUCGGCAAGGUUAUGUGAUGUGUUUGAACAGAGGGUAUUGGUUCAAGUUGAUCCGAUCAAUUUAGAGGAGUCUUUAGUAAAAAACGAUCUUUUCCUAUACGUUGAGCUAUGGUUUGUCGAAGACCCGCUUGACAGACCCUUUGCUCCUGAAUUUCUGACUAAGGUAUGUGAGCGUCAACUACGUAUUCAUUUAACACCAUCUCGUGGACUUCACUAUCAUUUCACCGUAUUCUUCGAUUAUUUUCAUUUAUGUGCUAUUGAAUUGGCACUUUAUGGAGCAUUAACAAACAUCACUUCAAGUAUUAUUAGUUGGCCAAAAUUUUCACCACAUAGUACACCAUUACAAACAAACAACCAAAUAAUUAGUUUAGCUCAACAAACAUGGCAUGGUAUCAUUUGCAGUAUCAAACAGCCCAACAGACGUCAUUUUGCACUUGCUAUUCAUCGACAUCUCUGUCAAAUAUUAUUAGCGGCAAGAGAAUCCAUGUUAUUAUUUUGGCGUGAAAGUCUUCCGUAUUUACCUUCGAAUAUGAGACCACGUAUUGAACCUGUUGACUUUCAAAGUAAAUUGGAUUCACUUGUACAAAUAGCUCAAAGCCUAGAAACAGAUGAUGAUUUAGCGAAUCAAAUUUCAUUUGAUAUUGCUCGUCUCUCGUCUCAAAAUACUGUUCUAUUUAAACAACUAUGUAAAUCUGUCACCUUACAAUCCAAGUUGGCUGCUUUUUUACGUCGAAGGUUUCAUCAAAUUCGUAUGAAACGAUUGGCUGAGGCAUUUUUCUGUCAAGAGUUAUCACUUGUCAAUUUACUAGCUAUUUAUGACUCAAGUGUUGUAGGACAUGAAUCACUUGCUAAUGAUGUUCGCCAAUCAGUUUAUUUCCAAAAACUUCCAACUUUACCAGUUACCUGUCGUGAGUUAGACGGUGAUGUUACUAAUCUACCGAUUAUCUUCGAAGACAUCUUUUUACCACAUAAUAAUAAUAACAAUAAUAAUAAUAAGACAAAAUCAUUGAAUUUAUCUCAACCAAUUAAUGGUAAUAAUAAUAAUGCAAUAUAUACAACCAAUCCACCAAAAACAAAAUAUACUUCAAUGGAGUUAUUGUCAACUCAUAAAUCCCCAUCUACCAUUGAUGAUGAUGCAUUUACACCAAUAAAAACUCGUUCAGAUGAUAAUGAGUCCGGUAUUUAUAUGGAAGAAGAUGUAGUGGGAGUAGGAGUAUUAUCAAAGACUGCAACUAGAAAUAAGUCAACUGAUUUAUCUAGAUGUGACACAAUACCAGUUAAUAAAAAAGAAUCUACACCUAUAUCAAACUAUAUAUAUCCAUCAAGUGUACCCAAUCCUCUUUCAAACUAUCAAGUUCAAAAUUUUUCUCAUUCAAGUCCUAAUCUCUUAUCAUCAUCACCAUCAUUACAACAAAUUCAUGUAAAAACUAGACCAAUUUUUAAACCAUUUCUUACUACAGCUAACAAUAUGACAACCCCACAAUCUAAACGCAAAUUUCACUUACCUAGUAACCAUAGUCGGAAAUUUCAUUAUUUUGACAAGUCACGUGAAUCUAAUGUUCUAUCACAUUUAAAUAGUAAUAACUCAAAAGUUAAAUUAGUUGGUUACCGUUCUAUUCAACCAGCAGAGAACGACGAUAUAAGGAAUCAAUAUUCUGGCUUAUCUGAUAAUCGACAUAGAUUGACUGAAUCCUCUUUCAAUAUUUAUUCCGAUAUAAAUCAUUGUUCAUAUUCUUCUACUGGCCUACGUCCUAUCGGUGGUCUGGCUAUUCGAGACAUGCGUUCUCGUUCCCUUUACAAUUUAUCACUGAAAUCACCUCAAGUAAAAUGUACUAAUUUAGAAACGAUCAAUAUAAAUAAUAAUUCAUCAAAAUCCACAUCUUUAUCUAUGUUGAAUAUUUCAAGUGAACUGAACGAUACACUAUUGUUUCAAUGUUCACCAAAAAAUAAAGACAGCAAAAUUUUGAAUUCAAAUUCAUUAACGUCACCAAAUUACAUCAAUUCAAAGUUUUCCAAUCAUAAUAAAUCUCAUGAAGUUAUUGCAUUAGGUACUUUAAAAAUACCUCCAAUAAAACCACCCGGUGGAUGUGUACCAUCUGAACACAUAUCUAAAGAAACAGAUUCCCUAUUGCCGUGUAAUCAUCUCUACAAAACUAAUAUUGGCAGCAGUUCUAUUUCCCUACCGAAUAUUCCACUUUCAUGUAUGAUUCCAAGAGUAGUUUCAGAAGGAUGUCUUACAAAUAUUUCAUCAGUAGAUCAAUUUUCCUGGAGUAAAUCUCGAAGGCGAGUAAAAGUUCGAAAUCUCAAAAGAAAUCAUAUGUUUGCUGCUAGAAAAUUGCACUGUAAUCAAUUAAAAACUUAUACUGCAGAUUUAGCCUAUUUAAGCAGUUGUUCAGAUUUACACCUUAGUAUUUUAGAAAAUGAAUUUAAAACAAUAAAUUAUCACCCAUUGUCAAUAAAUGAUUCUUUUACAAUGAUUUCAAAUGCAUCUAUUCCUUAUUCUUCGUUUGAAUCAAAAAAACGUCUAACUAAAUCAAGUACCAUUUUAUCAACUAAGGAUGAAUUCAUUUUGGAUGUACCAUCUUCAUUGACACCAUCAUUUUCUAAUAUUGAUUUAGUGGAUGGUAUGCAACAACAGAGUAUGAACGGUUAUAGUUUUCUAUCGCAUUGUUGGCCUAAUCAACGGAAUACUACUGGUUGUCGUAAUCACUAUAGGCAACAAGCAAAUAGUUUAAAAACGUCUAAAGAUCAUUUAGUGAAUGUAACUUAUACCGAUAGUAAUGAUAAGAAGCGGUCCACUAUCACUACUCACAAUAAUAAUAACAGUAAUAAUAAUUAUAAUAAUAGUGGUAAAUAUCAACGACCGAAAUCGCUAACUAUUGGGAGCAAUCAAGCGAAUAGAUUAAAUCAACAAAUUAUUACUGAAUUACGUGACUUUUCCACAUCUUGUCAGUAUGAUCAAGAAAGAAAAGUAAAUCAUCUGAAUGGCCCUUUUGCUACAACUGAAGCAACUAUUGACAACUGUAAUAAUAAACAACGUUUAUCUAGUAAUUCCGAUUCUUCGCAUUCAUCAUUACAUUGUAAUAAAUGUUUACCAUUAUUACCUACAGAAUUAUUAUCAUCGGAACAUGAUAACCGAUUGAAAGAAUGCGGUUAUCAGGUUUCCAAUUUAUUAAGUAGUGAUGAAGAAUUAUCAAAUAAAAAUUCACCGAAACUUAGUGUUCUAGAAAUGUUGAACACCAUCGAUUUAGACAGUUGUGGUGAAAUACUUCCGAAAAAAGCUACAACUAUUAACUAUGCUACUUCUAAGAGUUGCGAACUUUCAACACAUUCACUUACUAAUCAAAAACGAAUUAAAAAAACAAAUUCUUUAACUUUUACAUCUUCGUUAUCAUCCAAAGAACAAAAUGAUAAUUAUCGAAAUACAUUAAAUGGUAUCCAUUUAGAUAUUAAAAAAUCUCACUCACUUGUUGAUAUAUUAUCACCUGGUGUAAUGGAAUUUUUACGUUUUAAAGAACUUGUUAAACGACAAAUUGCACCACAUUUUCAAGGUUAUGUUUAUAGUGAUUUUGUUAAACUCGCUGCACCAUAUCCAUAUUUUUCAGAAGCACCUGUAUUCAGUGCUGAUGUACAUCUUAUAAUUUGUGUUCAUGGUCUAGACGGUAACUCAUGUGAUUUGCGUCUUGUACGCGUUUAUCUUCAACUAGCUUUACCAGAUUGUAACUUACAUUUCCUUAUGUCAGAGUGUAAUCAAGACGAUACAUUCGGUGGUUUCGAUAUGAUGAGUGAGAGAUUAGUUAAUGAAAUUGUAAAUUAUAUCGAUGAAAUGGAUGAAAAACCAAAACGAAUUAGUUUUAUUGGACAUAGUAUGGGUUGUAUUAUAAUACGUGCAGCAUUGUUGAAUUCACGAAUGGAACCAUAUUUAUCUAAAUUGCACACAUUUCUGUCUUUAAGUGGUCCGCAUUUAGGCACAGUAUACAAUUCAUCUGGUCUCAUUAAUAUGGGCAUAUGGGUUAUGCAAAAAAUUAAAAAAUCUGAAAGUCUUUCACAAUUAAGACUGCGAGAUGAUCCAGAUUUACGUAAUACGUAUUUAUAUCGUUUAAGUACUAAUCCUGGCUUGGACCUAUUUCGUUAUGUUCUGUUGGUUGGAAGUCCACAAGAUCGUUAUGUACCGUAUCAUUCAACACGAAUUGAAUUGUGUAAAGCUGCAAUUAAAGAUUCUUCUACUCUUGGAAUUAUUUAUAUGGAAAUGGUUACAAAUUUGUUACAACGUUUUAUUCAAUCAACCCGUACCACUGUAGUACGUUAUGAUGUACAUUAUAAUCUAACAAAUUCAGCAAAUACACUAAUUGGUCGUGCUGCUCAUAUCGCUGUGUUAGAUUCUGAAAUAUUUUUAGAGAAAUUUAUUUGUGUUUCGGGUGCUAAAUAUUUCCGGUGAUUAUAAUUAAGUGUACUUGAAAAUGAUAUGAUUUGCCGCUUGCUAUGUUGUUAUUAUUAUUGUCUACAUUGAAGAAGAAUGAUAAUAGUAUGCAAUUCAACUUGAUUACUGUUUACAAAGUUAUAUAUACAUGUGUCCGGUUAUACUCUGUUGUUUGGUAAUUAAAUGCAAUAUCUGUUCAAACUACUCGAUUAAAAAAAAGAACUCUUAAUUAACAAGAAGAUACGUGGAGGGAAUACGCAAAAGUCUAUCGCAUUUACAUGUUUUUUUUACAGUAGAUUCUAUGUAUAUAUUUGUGUGUUGUAAACUUGUACUCACUAAUAAAUUACAUCCGAACAAGCAUAUCAACUAGUGACAUUGGGUUUUCUUCAAUUUACUCAUUAUUUACUUAUUUCACUCCUCUCCUACUUUUUAUUGUUUUUUGAUAAUAGAAUUCCACAAUUUCUGUAGUUUACUCAGCGUACUUAUUCUAUUUUGUUUUGUUCCAACGCAUAGGAGGAUUAAUAAUAUGUUUGUUUUCUAAAUACUACUGAAAUAUAUAUUGCUUGUAAAGCGAUAUCAAUAAUAGAAGCAAUAGUAUUGAGAGAAACAGUGAACUAUACGUUCUUCUUUGUCGUACAGUCUUUUUCUUUGUAUUGAUGAUUACGUAUAGUUUUUUUAAUAAUCAUAUGCAAUAUUCCAAGUCUUUUAUUUGCUUUCCUCUACACAAUCAUACAUAUUAAUAAAUAAUUCAGGAUAUAGGAACCUUCAUUUGCUGUAUUGUGUGUGCAAGUACAACAACGCAUACUCAUUGUGAUCAGUUAUUUUUUCUCAACUUUGUUAUUUUGUGUUUUUUCCCUGCAUAUUUUGUUCAUUGUUUGUACUUCUUUUGUUUUCAUACUGACAAUCGCGUGUUGUUUUGUUUCUUUACAUCUUUUUCGACUGCCAUGUUUUACAUCUUUAUGAUUAAUAACACACGAUGAGGUAACAAUGACGAACAAUAUGUGUUUGUUCUUAAAACGUUCUAGAAAGCAAAAUCAAAAAUACAGUGGUAUGAUAACCAACAAUGUCACCGUUAAUUCAUGAUAUAUUCAUCAAUAUUGUAUCAUGUACUGAUUUGUUUAUUCCUUUUUUUAAUUUUUUAUUGCUAUCAUUAUUGUCGGAAAGAAUGAUGCGACUUUGUUGUAUUAUUUUUCUGCUCCCUGAAUGCUAAUCUGAUUAUUGCAUUUCUAUAGGUCUACUUUGCAGCAACAACAACACUGCCUUCUCUCAUCUCUGCAUAGUCUAGACUUUUAACUACACUCACAAUGUGACAACACUUUUUUCAAUUGGUACAAAACUUGUAUUGUUAUUUAAAAAUCAAACAUGAAAUAUCGUUAACACUACAGUUAUUAUUCUCUUAGCUACUUUUAUUACUAAGUGUUUUAAACAAAUAUUCAAAUUACUACUUGAAUAAAUCCUCAAUGUUUUUC